AUGGCCUCCAUCCCAACUCCCUCUCACUGCCUUGCAGACUUCUGUCUGAUCCCCAUUGGCACAUCGUCCCCCUCCGUUUCCGCUCAGGUCGCAGAUGUCCAGCGUCUCGUCGAGAAAUCCGGUCUGAAAUACGUCAUGCACUCGGCCGGAACUACGCUCGAAGGACCCUGGGACAAAGUGCACCAGGUCAUUGGCCAGGCGCACACGAUAUUGCAUGAACAAGGCAUCGUGAGGAUUCAGACUGAUGUCCGCGUCGGUACAAGGUCCGUUGCCCUGGGAUCCACUUAA